AUGGACAACUAUAAUAGAAACAUACUCCUUGUGAAUGACAAAGACAAGGUGGUCGGUAUUGGAAAGGCACUUCGAACCCACUUUAGGGAACAUCUAAUGCUCCACAGGGCAUUCAGCGUGUUUUUAUUCAACUCAAGAAACGAGCUUUUGAUCCAAAAGAGGGCAUCGGGAAAGCUUCUUUUUCCAAAUAAAUGGACAAACAGCGUCUGCUCCCAUCCAUUUGUCAAUGAUCUUUCUUUCAUUAAUCCCCUACUAGAUGUGAAGAUACAUGCGGUCAAGCGGAUUGACCACGAACUGGGAAUAGGAAGUAUACUAAUAGAUGAUUUAAGGUUUGUCUCUCGUAUUAUAUACAAGGCCAGUCCUACUGAAAGAUAUAGUAGAAUCCUGCCCGGGAUCCCAACCACACAGAAAAUCUCCACCUUUCCAGAUCCCAACAACCUCAGCGGGUCCUAUUCCUCUGAUGAUUUCCAUGAAUGGGAGGUCGAUUAUAUUAUUCUUGCGGUGUCUGAUGCCUCUCCUUGCCCCAAUCCUAAUGAAGUUUCAGAAAUAAGAUAUGUUUGCAAGGAAGAACUUCAAGAGUUGAUUGCUAGAGAUUUGGCAUCUCCCUGGUUAGAUGAAAUAUCGAAGCAUGUCGAUAUAUUUGAUAUCAAGCAAUCAUAUUUUCCAUCUGAUCCUUAG